AUGUCCACGCGAGACCUCAGAGACUUCAAACGGACCUUUCCAACCCAAGGAUACUCGAGUCGUUUCCUGGCCGGGCUGGAACGUCCUGAAUGGGUGAAUCCCAUCCAGGAAGCGGAGAACAACCACGCAAUGGGGUAUGGCAUUCCGACAAAUCAAGAUGAAGAAGAUUUCGUCGCGAACGAGAAGAACUGGAAGGUUGUGGUACUGCGCUGGUUGCACUGGAAGCCCGUACAGAUGGCUCUUCUCAUGAUGUUACUGCUGGAUGUCUUUAUCCUCUUUGUCGAGGUCUUCCUCAUGA